AACAGAUGACGUGUAAUGGCUAUGGUGAGGGAUUGGGAAGUGAAGUCAUCAGAAGCCCCGCCCUCUGAGGGCCAGCACAACUGUCUGCACCCAGGGUGGAUCCAGAGACACCGGCAGCACCGGGUGGAGGCAUCGGCAAUGUGGCGUUCGUACUUUCUGUUGACAGUGCUGAGUGCAGGGACUGUCCUAGUUACAGCGUACAGUAAUGGAAAGGUGAGAGCUGCCUGUGAAGACAUGGUGCCUCAGCAUGGUUACGAUCCCAGCCCAGCCCCUCCUCCAUACAGCAUCACUGUGGACACAUCCACAUUCAGUCCAAGUGACAACGUCACAGUGUCUUUACAAGUUGCCUCCUCCAACAUCACAUUCUUCAAGGGGUUCCUGAUAGAAGCUCGGGAUGCUGGGAAAUUGGACUCCCCAGCAGUGGGUUUCUUUGUCCUGACUAACCCCAAUGAUUCCCAGCUGCUACAGUGUGGCCUCAAUCAGGGAUCUGGGGUGAGCCACACAAGAAGCACAAGAAAGACUCACAUUCAGGCUGUGUGGGUAGCUCCAAAUAACCCUCCACAAAGAGUCCAGUUUCUAGUGACAGUGGUGUAUAAGUAUAAGGUCUACUGGGUGAAGAUUGCAGGUCCUGUGGCUUCUCUUAGAGGAGCAACUGCUGUUCCAUCAACUGCUGUUUCUGGUCAAACCACCAGCCCCGCUGCUCUGUCCACACCGUUUAGUUCCGAGGGGUGUGGCCACAGUAAAUCUUGUCUCAGAGACCCGCUGGGCUGCCACCCAGAGUCAGAUCCCCACUGCUUGUUCCUGUCAUUUGCGACUGAUCAAGAAGGAUCGGGUGUGAUGUUUGAACUCAGUGGGCCUGCUGAAGGUUACCUGUCCUUUGCCCUGUCUCUGGACAAAUGGAUGGGGAAUGAUGACGUCUAUCUGUGUGUGAAUGAUAGAGGCAGAGUUACCAUCAGUGCGGCUUAUGUCUCAGGCCGAACACCCCCUGAGCUGAUUACAGAGGAGGACCUGUGGGGUCGGGCGUGGAGGUCGGCUGAUGGGUUCAUCCAAUGUCGUUUUCAAAGAAACAUCCUCGUCCCUCAGGUGGAGAGACGGUUUAACUUAAACCAGAGCUACUUCCUGUUUCUUACACAUGGUAUAUCUCACCAGGGUGUAAUCCACAGACACAAUCGGCAACCUCUGAUAUCCACCAAUGAGAAGGCGAUCACUGGGUAUCCGGAGGAUCUGGUUGGCUCCCGCUCCCCCCUGCUGCUCAAGUUGCACGGUGUGUUAAUGCUGACUGUCUGGAUGUGGACGGUGAGCACAGCCAUCAUCAUUGCUCGCCACUACAACUGCUGGCCUGACACGACUCUGCUGGGACAACAGCUGUGGUUUCAGCUCCAUCGAACCAUGGCGGUGUUGGCUGUGGUCCUAACGGCAGUGGCCUUCACCCUCCCUUUCAUAUACAGGAUGGGAUGGAGCAAGCAUGCAGGCUCUCAUCCUUACAUCGGUUGCACCAUCAUGGUUCUGUCUGUCUUCCAGCUAAUUGUGGCAUUUCUCAGGCCAGCCCCGGAGUCCCCCAGGAGGAUGAUCUUCAACUGGGUGCACUUGGUAACAGGCACAACUGCCCAGAUACUCGCUGUGGGGUGUGUGUUCCUGGGUGUUGUUCAGCAGACGCUGCCGUUACCCAGCCCCUGGUCUUCAGCCGUGCUGACUGGAUGGCUGCUGUGGAUUGUUCUGGCUCACCUGCUGCUCCAAAACCAUUCCUACAAACUCCGGACUCGAGGAAACCGCAACGGUGACGACAAAGAGAGGCUUUGGUUUGCUCAGUUGGAGAGGCAGCAGCACAGAGAGGUAUCUAAAGUCAAGAAGAUGGUGCUAGUGGUGUUCCUAAUGGGAAACACGGGGUUCCUGGCUGCAUUUGUAAACGCUAUUGCAAAUGUAUAAUUCUCUACCAUAAUGUCUUCUAAAACGUAUCUAGGGGUGGGAGUCUCUUGGCACCUCACGAUUCGAUCCCGAUUCAGAGGCCCAGGAGAUACGAUGCAUCUCAAUGCAACAAUUCUGUGUUGGGAGGUUGGUCGGGGGGGCGGAUGGGUCUAACACAGGACUUUCAC